AUGGAGGCCUACGACAGGUUGGCGGCUUGUAUGAGCAACUACGACGACCUUGCAAUCUUUCGACGGUUCAAGGUCUUGCAUUGCAGAAACCUUCUGUUGAUGGAAGCAGAGCUGAUUCAUAAACACGAUGCCUUGGUGACUGCCAUCGCAAGGGACCGUCUUUCCGACGAUCCCAAGCGAAAGCAGUUGUCGUUCAACUUCAGAGAUCUCCUUGCAUCUCCAGAUACAUACGACGAUGGAAGCCCGAGCCAAAAGCAGGUCAUGAAAGAGAUACGUCCACUUUUGAAAGACUAUGGCACGUCUUCCCAUUCUGUCAUUGAUUUCUUUUGGGUCGCAGUUUGCAGCGAGUUCCUCAUCCUGUACCAGAGGCUUUGUGAGCUUCCUCCUGUGAACAAAUCCAACCUUUCCAGGCUCUGGCGCUUGUGCUCAAAGGGUCCUGAAUAUCGUCCUUUCUUCGAAGGGGGAGAAUAUUUCACCUGGCACAAGGGAAAAGCGUAUGACUUGACAUCUUUAUCCGGCAGGACAAGGAACAGAGACAUGCUCUCAAGACUGCUUGACAAAUUUAUCACGACUGUCUAUCACUGGGCGGUUGGACAUCGGAUACACGAACAAAUCUCAGUCGAUGCGAGCUGGAAGCUCGAAGACCCGGUCGAUAUGACCCACUACCCGGACCACUACAGUCCGGCUGUGGUCGAUGGCCUGACCAUGAUUCUGGCGCCAAUUCUACCGGCAACGUCGAUCUUUGCUCUGUACUUCAUCAAAGAUCCUCUGGUUCGCAUGGGCAUGAUUGUUUUGCUGAGUUUCCUGUUCAGCGCUACCCUGGCUCUGGUGGGAGUGCCACGCAGGCUCGACGCCUUCGCGGCCACGGCUGCCUUUGGUGCCAUAAUGGUGGUCUUUGUUAGCAACAAUACUGACUGUGGAUGCUGA